GAUCAUUUCGAAGAUCUCCUUGAACUGGUCCACUAAGGGCUUUUCAGAGAAGCUCCCGAGCCCUUGGUCUUUACUCUGGUAUACCUCUAUAAGUUCCUGCUUGUCUUCCCCCUCGUUGGGGAGGAUAGGGUUGUCUGGGAUGAUUGGGAGAUUCUCUGAUCUCUCAAUGCCUGAUUGGCUUCAGUCGUCGAUGAUUUUAGUUUUAUAUAAAAGUCCUUCAAGGUCCUCUUCUGUGAUACUGUCACUGCCAAAGAAUCAGUUAAGGUCUGAAAUUUGGAGGAACACUUGUGACUGGUCGUCGUUAUAAAUGGAAAGAAGGGGGAAUAUCUCUUGAUUCACUUUAGCAUUCACGAAAUCUGUUUGAUGCACACCUACUCUUUUAGCCUCACAAGCUGUAAACUUUAUAUUGGUUUAUGACGAGCGAGAGUUUUCUUGAAGGUUGAGACAAGAGCCUCUGAUUGCUCUGAGUUUAAAUCACUCACAUAUAGAUAUGCAUUCAUCUUUUUGAAGGAGUGUC